AUGAUCCACUUGGAUUUGACAUUGCUCUAUGGAAAGGAACCUUACCGUACGUAUACGACUCGGAUCAAUCAAGACGCAUCUUAUCAUAGUUUACAGUAUGAAAUUAAAAAAUCAUUUCAUAUUUCGAAACGGCAUCAACAGAUAUACUUUCGUGGUAAGGAACUGACUGUGGUGGGACAUACUCUUCAAUCUGCUGAAGACGGUGAAGAAAUAAUCAUUAAACAUUCUCUCUACAACCAUUGGUUAGCGUUUGAGCAACAUUUUCAGAACGCGAGAAAAGCGACACUGUCUAAUACAGAGGUUAGAGAACACGCUCUCCUGGCUUUUACUGAAUAUAGUUACUUGAAUUCAUCAAAACCUUUUUUUCAUACCUUUCCUCAUUUGUGUUCAUCAGUUGACAGUUUUCUUACUACGUUUCGCUUGUAUAAAGACAGCCAGUGUGAACCCAUUACACAAGCUUCAGAAGCUUAUUUUUCAACUCUCUAUGAUGACGAUCCUGUUUGUCCAAAGCUCAGCAUCAAAUGGGAAAAAAAGAGGUCUCAAAAAAUUUUCAAUGCAGCGUGGACACUUCGAUGCAGCAUAUAUCGAGAAGAAACAUUGUUGAAGACUUAUUACGUGAGAACUCAUACGAAACUGACACAACCACACGACAACGAAAACGCUGAUCUUCGGGUGUUAUUUAUGUAUAAAUUACUUGAGAUUCUCGGAUUAGGACCAAAAGUUCACGUUUACCGGAACUCGGGGCAUGGUUUUGGCCUUUACACUGCUAGCGAAAGAGUUCCCGAUUUCAAAAGUUUCCAGUUCCUUACAGAUAAUACAGAUAAAAACACUUUAUUGUAUUAUCAAGUAAGAUUACUAUGCUUUUGCUUUUACCUGAAGGAUUUGUUAAACGACAAAAGAAAUUAUGGCGCUGACAGGGAUGGACGGCUAAAAAUCUUACACUUCGCGAUUCGUUUUCACAGGCCGAUUGCGAAACGACAGCUCGAAAUGUAUGGUUUUUAUCGAGGGAAGGAAAGCAGAAUUGGUAAAGAAUGUUUUUCGCGGUGGGAUCUUCUCCGUUGUAUAGAUUUGGCUAAUAAGGCAAUUGAAAACGAGAAAAACCUUUAUAAAAGACAUCCCAUCACUUGCGAACAACACCGUGAUUAUGAUCAAUACUUGACUAAGAUCAAGAACAAUGUUCAAUACUUCACAAUUCAUUUUCAUAAAUUAGAGCUUGGAGAGACAUUAUUUGCUCGUUGUCUCCGUGUAGUUGAUCCUAAUCAAAUUCCGUUUCGUACAAUAUUCUCAUAA